AUGCGGGUGGAGGAAAGAAAUAACACCUCUUUGAUGUUACUUUGUCAUACUCACCGCUGAGAGGCGCUGCAGUUAGAUCAGCUUGUUAUAUCAGCUUUCUUUGGCUCUGCGAACAUGGCGGAGCUCAGGCUGCGUUUUGGCAAGGGAGCAAACGAUAUAGCGCACAAAAUAUGUCACCGUCACCUCCUGGAAACUCAAUACAAACAAGGUAAAUGUGCUACACACGCUUCGUCUCUACCUGCUGGGGUUGUGGCGGUUGACAUUCAAAAUGGCAGUCUGUGUGGAGCCGAAAACGCUGCAGAGGUGACCGUUGGAGCUCCACGGCACGGUUACACAAGGGUAAACGCGCCGCUCUGUGCAGGUAACAAUGCGUGGGGAAAUGGCUUUGUCGCCGAAUAUGACCAUUAUAUUGGACUUAAGAAAGAGUAUUCACUUUCUAAAGAGAUUCGCGUUCAAAUUAGAGGAAGACUUUUCUCUCGGCACCGGUGUCAAGCCGAGUUUCGGAGGACUUUCUGCACGUCAAGGACUCCUCGUCGAUACUUGUGGUGGAGACAUGGACAGGUUGUUUUUAUCAGGGCUUACACCGGGAAUGGAGACCGCUCUGUGCCGCUUUACAAAACCAAAACAGGCUAUUAUGAAAUUCUGGAGGUGUCACCCACCGCCACUCACGCCCAGAUAAAAACAGCCUACUACAAGCAGUCCUUCAUCUACCACCCGGACAGAAACUCCGGCAGCGACGAGGCCACUGUCCGCUUCUCGGACAUCAACGAGGCCUACACCGUGCUGGGCAACAAGGGGCUGAGAAAGAGGUACGACCGGGGUCUGUUGAGUCUAUCAGACCUCACUGCAACAGCUAAACCCUCCGCCAAGGACACCGCCGGGAGCCCGGCCAAGCAGCAAGCCGGGAGCCGGCGGUCUGCUGUGACUGCAGACAGCCGAGAAGGCGUCUUUGAUUUCGACCAGUUCUUCAAGUCCCACUACAACGAGCAGCUGCAGAGACAAAGAGACAUCCGAAUCCGCAAAGAGGACAUGAUGAGGAAGAAACAGGAGACGAUGGGCGAGAAGAAGCUGGGCAGGAUGAUGGAGGUGGGAGUCGGGGUGCUGUUGGCGAUGGCCGUGGGAAUAUUAAUAAGCUUAAAACGAGGGUGACGUGAGGAAGGAUGGAGCACUGGACACUGAUGCUGUUGGGGCCAAGGGCUGGGCAAUAUAUCGAUAUUAUAUCGAUAUUGUGAUAUGAGACUAGAUAUUGUCCUAGAUUUUGGAUAUCGUAA